GAGAGACACACACACACACACGGGCGUCUGAUCUUCAUCUCAGUCUCAGUCCUUCAGUUCUUCAUCGACUCUCUCGCGUCUCGGACUCGGAAACUUGUGAUCGUGGGAUCAUCUGAAGACGGAUAUGUUGUGGAUAUUUCGCGCGUUAUAAUAUUUCACAGUUGCGAAUCAUCGUCGAGAGAUUUCGCCUCGUCUGGGUCUGAUGUGGAUUUAUAUAGGCUUGGUGUCAGAUUGAUCCGAGCUGCAGAUUUGAUGUCAAACGAAUCGCAAGAAUAUUCAUCCCGAAUAUGAGAUCCCGAGCGAUCGCUGUGGAUUAAGACCGAACUUCUUUAAGAUUGAGAUCUGAGAUCGUUUCCAGCUGCCCAGACAGUCGUUUCAGCUUCUUUCUUUUCAUUUCUUUUCUUUUUCUUUUUGGAUUCUGUGUCGGUACGUCUGGUGAAAUAUUAAAGUCUGGCGUAUGAAACAGAUCGCGUGCGCUUCUCCUGCUCGCCGUUUCUCCGUCGUCUGCUCUGCGCCUGUGGAUUCGGACCUCCGGAUCUUCAUGACUUGCGGACAAAAUGGCCGUUUUGUAGCCGGGGAACCCUCUUGUCGUCCCGCAUGUUCAGGACCAAACGAUCGGGGCUCGUCCGGCGACUCUGGAGGAGCCGAGCGCCCGUGGAGGGGGACGGGGACGCCGGUACGCGCGGUGUCGGGACCCCGGGCUGCUGCCUCGGAAAACCGGGAGCCGGUAAGCCGAACCCCGGCACCGAGGCCGAACUGAAAGCGUUGACAUACUCGAUCCUGAAGAAGAUCAAGGAGAAGCAGCUGGAGGUGCUCUUACAGGCGGUCGAGUCCCGGGGGGGUGCGCGGAGCCCCUGCCUCCUCCUCCCCGGGAAAGUGGACUCCAGGCUCGGGCAACAGUCGUACCCGCUCCCGCUGCUGCUCUAUAAGGUGUUCCGGUGGCCGGACCUCCGGCAUUCCUCGGAAUUAAAGAGACUUUCGUGCUGUGAAUCCUAUGGGAAAAUCAACCCGGAGCUCGUGUGCUGCAACCCGCAUCAUAUGAGCAGACUGUGCGAGCUCGAAUCCCCCCCACCCCCGUACUCAAGAUAUCCCACCGACUUUCUUAAACCACCUGAUUCUCCAGGUUCUGUGCCUGCUUCCACUGAAACUGGGGGAACGGCAUAUUCGGCCCCUAUGGGGUUCUCAGAUUCCCUGGCUCUUCAAGAGCGUGGAGAACAGCCUCACUGGUGUGUGGUGGCGUACUGGGAGGAAAAGACCCGCGUCGGGCGCCUCUACUCCGUCCAGGAGCCGUCUCUGGACAUCUUCUAUGACCUACCUCAGGGCACGGGCUUUUGCUUGGGCCAGCUCGCCUCCGAAAACAAGAGUCAACUGGUGCAAAUGGUUCGGGCCAAGAUCGGCUACGGCAUCCAGCUCAGCCGCGAACCCGACGGCGUGUGGGUGUAUAACCGGAGUUGCUACCCCAUAUUCAUCAAGUCAGCCACACUGGACAACCCCGACUCGCGGACGCUGCUGGUGCAUAAAGUAUUCCCCGGGUUUUCCAUCAAGGCUUUCGACUUUGAGAAGGCAGGGAGCCUGCAACGGCCCAACGACCACGAGUUUAGCCAGCAGCCGAGGACGGGUUUCACCGUCCAGAUCAGUUUCGUGAAGGGCUGGGGACAGUGUUACACCAGACAGUUCAUCAGCAGCUGCCCCUGCUGGCUGGAGGUCAUAUUUAAUAACCGGUAACAGCAAGCCCCACCCCCACCCCCCCCAUUCCUUCAUCGCUAUGGAGACGGACUAGCCCUUACCUUUUAUGGACUAUGUUGUUUUGUUUCUGCGAAAAAGCGGACGAUGUUUUGAGAGAAAUGGAAAACGAAAACUCACUUUGACUUUAAUAAAUGACUAAGAUUUAAUUAAGUGAAAUAAAAGCUAAAAUGUAUUUUAUGUUAAAUAUAAAUAUAUUAUUACCUGUAAAUACGAAGUUUUAUAUGCAUUGUUAUUUAUGUUUUGUGCAAUGUGUUGAUGAGAUGAAAAAGAGAUGCACUUUGCUUAAUAUAAAUGCAAACAAAGAAAUGCCAAAAUAAAAGAAAAAAUAUCGAAUA